AUGACAAACAAACACGAGGAAGAUCUCUCCCCGUCAGAUGAACAAAAUUUGAAAAACGUAUCAGAUCUAGGCCAUGAGUCUAGGGAAUUUGACUCGUCAACUGGGUCCAACGGCGAAAAGACGUCAAACAGUGGAGUCACUAAAGAUACAAUAAAUGGCGGAGUUUCAGGCAGAUCCAAGUCUUUAUUCAAAAGAGCUACUGCCCAGGACCUUUUGCAUGCAAAACCACCAUCUUUAAUGGCCAGAAUGCACCGGUUCUUUUUUCUCCAUGGUCUUGCCGACAGACCGGAAUAUAUGCAAAAAAUAUACAACAAUAUUCCAAGAACAAUUUUCUACAACUAUGAUUUACCCAGUGAUAUGAAGGACUCUGAUGGACACCCAAUAAUAGAAUAUCCAAGGAACAAAAUCAGAACCACAAAAUACACACCGUUAUCAUUCUUGCCAAAAAAUAUCAUCUUGCAAUUCUCAACCAAUAUAGCCAAUUGUUACUUCUUGUUGAUUGUUAUCCUAGGCGCUUUCCAAAUCUUUGGUGUGCCCUCGCCUGGGCUAGCUGCAGUGCCCUUGAUUGUUAUUGUUUGUAUAACUGCAAUUAAGGAUGCAUUCGAAGAUUAUAGAAGAGUCAUUUUAGAUGCCGAGUUGAACAAUACCCCGAUCCAUCUUAUGCAAGGUGUUGAUAACCCCAAUGUUGAGGCCGAUAUAGUUAGCCCGUAUAGAAAAUUCAAAAAAGCAUGUACGAGAGCAACCAUCAAGACAUUCAAAGGCUUGAAGAAAUGUUGCAUCUACAUUUGUGGAAGCAAAAGACAAAAACAAGAUUUUAUGCGGGAAAUCCAAAAUGAAAACGACUUGGCCUUGAGAAGGGUGAGUACAGUGGUUUCUGAAUACUCAUAUCAUUCACAACAACAACCUAGAUACAGUAUGCAAUCUCCAAGAAGGAGCAUGCAACAUUCCACGAGAAGAAAAUCCGGACAAAGUACACGACAACGUGCACCAACAGAACCCAUGCCCAAUUCAUUAUUGAACCCGAAAUUGAAACAAGAGAAUGCUCAAAACCCGGAACUGAAUAGAGCCAGUUUCAAAAAUAGAUUUUGGAAAGAUGUCAAUGUGGGCGAUAUGAUUAGAGUUAGGAACAAUGAGGAAGUUCCCGCGGAUAUAGUUGUUAUUUCCUCGUCUGAUCCCGAAGGAAGCUGUUUUGUUGAGACAAAGAACCUUGAUGGAGAAACAAAUCUUAAACAAAGAAAAGCAUUAAAAUGUGGUGGUCACAAUAAUCUCAAACAUGCUGACGAUUUAAGUGACACCAAGUUCUGGCUUGAAUGUGACGCCCCAAACCCUCAUUUAUACUCAUUCAAAGGUACCAUUCAUUACGAAAAUUACGACGCAAACGGAAACUUAUUAAAUGAAGAUGAAAAAGAAGCCAUCACACCGGAAAAUGUGCUUCUUCGAGGUACAAGUUUGAGAAAUACUAAAUGGAUUAUUGGUCUCGUUGUUUACACCGGUAAAGAGAGUAAAAUUAUGCUUAAUGCCGGAAUUACGCCAACAAAGACAUCAAGAAUUGCUCACGAGUUAAAUUUCUCGGUGGUGAUCAAUUUUGUUCUUGUCUUUAUCUUGUGUUUUGUUUCGGGUGUGAUCAAUGGUUUAUUUUAUAGAGUCACAAACAACUCUAGAGUGUUUUUUGAUUUUCAUCCAUAUGGCUCAACGCCUGCUAUCAAUGGUGUUAUUGCAUUCUUUGUUACGUUGAUUAUUUACCAAUCCUUGAUUCCCAUCUCAUUGUACAUCACCAUUGAGAUCAUCAAAACUUGUCAGGCUUUUUUCAUCUACUCCGACAUCAAGAUGUAUUAUGCACCACUAGAUUUCCCAUGCGUUCCAAAAGCCUGGAACAUUUCGGAUGAUUUGGGUCAGAUUGAAUAUGUCUUUAGUGACAAAACUGGUACAUUGACGCAAAAUGUUAUGGAGUUUCGUAAAUGCACAAUCAAUGGUAAGUCCUAUGGUAUGGCCUAUACUGAGGCUAAACAAGGGUUGGACAAGCGACAUGGUGUUGAUGUUAUUGAAGAAGCAAACAAAUGGAAAGAAUUGAUUGCCCAGGAUAAGGAUUUGAUGGUGAAAGAAUUGGAAGAAUGUUUCCAUAACGAUCAAUUGAGAGAGGAAAACAUCUCAUUUGUUUCUAGUCAAUACGUCAAGGAUACUUUUAUGGUAAAAAAUCCUGAAGAUGACCAACAAAAAAUUGCCAAUGAAAAGUUUAUGUUUGCUUUGGCCUUGUGUAAUACUGUUAUGACUGAGGAAAAUCCCCUUGAUCCAACAUUGAGGGAUUUUAAAGCCGAGUCGCCAGAUGAAGGUGCAUUGGUUGCUGUUGCAAGAGACUUGGGGAUUGUGUUUAAAGAAAGAUUGAGGAAGUCUUUAAUCCUUCUGGUUUAUGGCAAAGAUGAGGAAUGGCAAGUUUUGGACAUUGUUCCAUUUACUUCAGCACGAAAGAAGAUGUCCUGCGUCGUGAAAAGCCCUAGAGGAGAAAUUAUAUUGUACACAAAAGGUGCAGAUAAUGUCAUUUUCCAGCGCUUGGAUCCAAGGUUAAACUCUCACGAAUUGAUUAGUAAGACGGCUUUGUAUCUUGAGGAUUAUGCAAAUGAAGGUUUGAGAACAUUGUGUAUCACUUCAAAGCAACUAGAUCCUGCCUGGUAUGACAAUUGGUCAAGAAGAUACAAUGAAGCAAAUGCAUCUAUCGAUGAUGACCGUGAUGUUUUAAUUGAACAAUUGGAGAAUGAAAUUGAAAAUGACUUGGUAUUAUUGGGAGGUACUGCGAUUGAAGAUCGUUUGCAAUCGGGUGUACCUCAAGCGAUAUCAAUCUUGGGCCAAGCUGGUAUCAAACUAUGGGUCUUAACGGGAGAUAGAAUCGAGACCGCUAUCAACAUCGGAUUUUCAUGUAACUUGUUAGAGAACGACAUGAAACUUUUAGUUGUACGACCAGAUGAACAACAGCCGGAUAAUGUUGAAUAUAUCGACGGGUUGAUUACCAAAUUUUUGCAAGAAAAUUUUCAACUUGACGUUUCAACUCCGGAAAAUGUGAAUGGUUUGAUAAAGAGGGCUAAAAAGAACCAUGAUGUUCCUGACUCGCGGUUUGCUUUAAUUAUCGAUGGUGCUGCAUUGAAUCUAGUUUACCAAAAAGAUACUACUCAUCCAAGUGAACAAGUGCAAUUAUUGCGUGAUAAAUUUUUGCUUCUUGGUAAGCAAUGUAAGUCUGUUUUAGGAUGUCGUGUAUCUCCUUCGCAGAAAGCCGAAGUUGUCAAAAUGGUGAAAGACAGGUUGAAGGUGAUGACGUUGGCCAUUGGAGAUGGUGCUAAUGAUGUUGCAAUGAUCCAAGCUGCCAAUGUUGGUGUUGGUAUUGCUGGUGAAGAAGGACGUCAGGCAGUUAUGUCGUCUGACUACGCAAUUGGUCAAUUCAGAUACCUUACACGUUUACUUUUGGUCCAUGGACGUUGGGAUUACAAGAGGUUAGCCGAAAUGAUUCCUUGUUUUUUUUACAAGAAUGUUGUCUUUACGUUUACGUGUUUUUGGUACGGUAUUUACAAUAAUUUUGAUGGAUCAUACCUUUACGAAUAUACCUUCCUUAUGUUUUACAAUUUGGCAUUCACCUCCUUAUCGGUCAUUGUUUUAGGAGUAUUGGAUCAGGAUGUUUCUGACACGGUUUCACUACUUGUUCCACAGUUGUACAUUAGUGGAAUAUUGGGUAAGGAUUGGUCACAGUACAAGUUUGCUUGGUACAUGUUUGAUGGCUUGUAUCAGUCUGUAAUUUCAUUUUGGUUCCCAUACUUGUUAUUUUACAAGGCAUUUCAAAACCCACAGGGUAUGACUAUUGAUCAUAGGUUCUACAUGGGAGUUGUUGCUGUUGCAAUUUCCGUCACUGCGUGUAACCUUUACAUUCUUUUGCAACAAAAAAGAUGGGAUUGGCUUUCGUUGUUGAUUUAUGCCAUUUCAAUCCUUCUUGUUUACUUUUGGACCGGUGUUUGGAGUGUAAAUGCUACUUACUCGGGUGAGUUUUACCGAGCUGGUGCUCAAACAUUGGGUACUUUGGGUGUAUGGUGUUGCAUAUUCAUUGGUGUCAUUGCUUGUUUGUUGCCGAGAUUCACGUUUGAUUUCGUUCGUACAAACUUCCAUCCAUCAAAUGUUGAUAUUAUUCGUGAACAAGUGAGACUGGGUAAAUUUGACGACUACCCAGUGGGAUACGAUCCUACCGAUGCAGACGACGUUGAAAGGCAUAGAAUAUUGUGUGAAAUCAUUAAUAAGGACCCUGCAUUAUUUGAAAAGAUGGAAGAAGAGUACAAAGAAGAGCAAUAUAAUCAUGAUAACAAAUUGGAAAGGACGUUCAAGUCCAUUAAAAGGCGUGCCACUAUCACUACACCAAGGUCGAGAAAGAACUCUGUGCAGAGAUUGAGAAAGAACACAAUUAGUGAUCAGUUCCACAAACAUAUCCCCUUGGAAGUCUUGAGGCAGGAAAUGAUACAAACUGGAGAGUACAAGACUGCGAGAAAUUCUUUGGAAAGAAUCCGUACCUCGCAAGAAGUGCCUGGUGUCACACAGGCGGAAACAUUGUUGUCAUAUCACACCAGAAAUAGCAUGAGCAUGAUUCGGGAAUGA